UUUCCGGUGUGAUGGCGGCGAUUAAAUAUAUUUGAUAAGAGGCCCACAUUUUGAAUUCAGUACAAAGUCAGGACUUGACAAAUAAGCUGCAAAAAUGAUGAAAAGUAGAGUGGCACAAAUGAAUCAUGGCUCCAGUUAUGAAAACAAAGAAAGCUACAGCUCUCGCCAAAGAAGUGCCUCUCCAGAAGAUAGGGAUAGAUCUGAAGAGGGUGAGCGGUACUCCAGAGACAGAGGUUACUCUGAUGGCAAGUAUGAUAAAGAAGAUGCAGGAAGAGGACAUGAUCACAAAACUUAUGAAACAAGGAGCGGGGAGAGAGAGAAGCAUCAAGAGAAGAGGGCAGACAGGGAUUCUGAUCGGAGGAAACAGCGAAAAUUACCUUCACCUGAUAGAAAAAGUCCAGAAAGAUCAUCAUCCCAGAACUCAUUUGUUCAAAAUGAACCCCCUUCAAAGAAGAGGAAGGAAGAUUUGGAUCCAAUUCUCACCCGUACAGGUGGAGCAUACAUUCCUCCAGCAAAGCUGAAGAUGAUGCAAGAACAAAUUACUGAUAAGAAUAGCUUAGCAUAUCAAAGGAUGAGCUGGGAAGCCCUGAAGAAGUCAAUCAAUGGUCUUGUCAAUAAGAUCAACGUUUCUAAUAUAGAAAAUAUUAUCUAUGAACUUCUUCAAGAAAAUAUUGUGAGAGGAAGGGGAUUGCUGGCUAGGUCAAUAUUGCUUGCACAGAGUACCUCUCCUAUCUUUACCCAUGUUUAUGCUGCACUUGUAGCAAUUAUCAAUUCAAAAUUUCCAAAUAUUGGAGAACUGAUUCUCAGGAGGCUCAUUUUAAAUUUUCGCAAAGGAUAUCGCAGAAAUGAUAAGCAACUUUGUCUAACAGCCUCAAAAUUUGUUGCACACCUGAUGAAUCAGAAUGUGGCUCAUGAAGUUUUAUGUUUAGAAAUGCUUACGUUGCUUCUUGAAAGACCUACAGAUGACAGUAUUGAAGUAGCAAUUGGAUUUCUGAAAGAGUCUGGGCUCAAAUUAACAGAAGUCUCCCCUAGAGGAAUUAAUGCAAUUUUUGACCGUCUUCGCCACAUUCUGCACGAAUCCAAAAUUGACAUACGUGUUCAGUACAUGAUAGAAGUUAUGUUUGCUGUACGUAAGGAUGGAUUCAAAGAUCAUCCAAUCAUUCCUGAAGGACUAGAUCUAGUGGAAGAGGAGGAUCAGUUUACUCAUAUGUUACCACUGGAAGAUGACUAUAACCCAGAGGAUAUUCUUAAUGUUUUCAAGAUGGAUCCUGACUUUAUGGAAAAUGAAGAGAAAUACAAAGCUCUUAAGAAAGAAAUUCUCGAUGAAGGUGACAGUGACUCAGAAACGGACCAAGAUGCUCGAAGCAGUGAGGCAGAUGAAGAUGAGGAAGAAGAGGAAGAUGAAGAAGGACAAAAAGUGACUAUCCAUGACAAAACAGAAAUUAACUUGGUCUCCUUUCGUCGUACAAUUUAUCUUGCUAUUCAGUCAAGUUUGGACUUUGAGGAAUGUGCUCACAAAUUGCUGAAGAUGGAUUUUCCUGAGAGUCAGACUAAAGAACUCUGCAACAUGAUUCUUGACUGCUGCGCUCAGCAACGAACAUAUGAGAAAUUCUUUGGUUUACUGGCCGGGCGUUUCUGCAUGUUAAAAAAAGAAUACAUGGAAUCCUUUGAAGCUAUUUUCAAAGAACAGUAUGAUACAAUCCACCGUUUAGAAACAAACAAAUUAAGAAAUGUUGCCAAGAUGUUUGCUCAUCUACUGUAUACAGAUUCGAUUCCUUGGAGUGUCCUUGAAUGUAUAACAUUAAGUGAAGAAACUACCACAUCCUCCAGCAGAAUUUUUGUCAAAAUAUUCUUCCAGGAACUUAGUGAAUAUAUGGGACUUCCUAAUCUUAAUGCAAGAUUAAAAGAUGAAACACUGCAGCCCUUCUUUGAAGGUUUAUUGCCUCGAGAUAACCCAAGAAACACUCGAUUUGCUAUCAAUUUCUUCACUUCUAUUGGUCUUGGAGGACUAACGGAUGAAUUACGAGAACAUCUAAAAAAUGCACCAAAGAUAAUUAUGACCCAGAAACAAGAUGUUGAAUCAUCAGAUACCUCCUCAUCUUCCUCAGAGUCAGAUUCCUCUUCAGAAUCGGAUUCUGAGAGCAUCAGUAGUAGUACAGAGUCAUCCAGUACCAGCGACUCUUCUAGCAGUGAUUCAGAUGCUGCUAAAGGAAAAAAGAAGAUGCAAAGGAAAAAUAAAGAACAUGAUAGAGUUACCAGGAAAAAACCAAGCAGUAAAAGAAAACAAUCUGAAAAGAGAAAGGAAAGAAGGCAGCAGGAAGAAAGAAAUGAUGUUGAGAGAAAGUCAGAAAGAAACGUCGACAGAAACUUGAGAGAUCCAAAUAGGAGAGACGAGGUUUCAAAAUAUUCCUAUCGCAGAGAUGAUUCCACUGACAGAAGCAGUUACCGAAGUGGAAAGGACAGGGACCAUGAAAGAAGUAGGGACUUGGAAAAUAAACUCGGUACUUCAAAAAAGAAGAGAGCAGAGAGAAGAACUUCUUUUUCUGAUAGUGAAAAGGACAAAGCGUGGAAUAAAGACAGUGACCAUCACAGCAGGAGAAAGGAAAGGUCCAAAUCUAAAGAAAGAUACCGAAAUAAUUCAAGUCCCAAAGAGGAACAGCAGGAAGACCGAUAUCGAAAUGGUGGAGAGAAACACUCAGAAAAAUACAAACGAUAUACAAAUCAAUUCAGAGAAUCAAGGAAAAAUGAAGACCGGCGAAGGGAGAGUUCUCCACACAGACGAAAAUAACAUAAUGAUAUGCAGUUAGACAUGAACAUGCUUGGUUUCUUUUUUUGUUUGUUUUUUUGCAGCUCCAACUUUUACAUUUUUAAAUCUAUUACUGAACUGUCUUUCAAAGGAGAUUUUGUACGAAGUGCAAGUUUAUAAACUUCAUCAGAUCUUUUUUCAGUACCACUUUUUAAAUAAUUUACUGUACUUGCUAAGGCUUGGGUUAAAUCUGUUCUUUGAGAGAGUAUUUUCUUUUUAAGAGCGAAAGAGUUACACACACAGGCCUGGUUAUAUUUUGUAAAUAAAAUAAUUCAUCUCAGUGAAAUUAGUGUUUUUGUUAAUUUGUAAAUUAGUUAAUUUUUCUAAAUUUUAUAAGUUUUUUUGCAUCUUUAGGCAUUUGUUCUCUGAAUUUGUUUUGUGGGUAAAGCAGUUUGGUCCACAUGGAGAAGGGAGAAAUUGCACAUUACUUACGUACCAGGUGGGCCAUCUACAAAAGGGUAUACUCUUUGAACUGAAACUACAUAGAAAACAAAGAAUUAAAAAUAAGCCAUUUAGAGUAAAAGCAUGACAUUUGUCAAAAUGUGUAGCUGAAGUACUGUAAAAUGUCACACCACAUGUAUACUUAAUGUUAAAUGGAAUAAUUGUGUGACCUUUUCAGGGAUGUCUUGCUGACCUGCUGACUUAAGUGGUAAAGCUCAGAUAAGUGUUUUAAGAGGUUUACCCCACUCCUCCCCACCUCCUUUAAAUGCAUCAGUAUGAGUACUGCAGUCUAUACAAAUACAUAUCCGCAGUAUGGAGUAUCCUCUCUGGACUGCAUGGCCCUCCAUCUAUAUUACCACUUCCCAAGAUCCCACCUGGGAUUCUGACCCAAGAAGGGGUCACAAGCCCCAUUCUAUCUGAUGAGUUGGGUUCUCCCUUGAGGUCAGAUCAUUGAUACAAAAAAUGGGGAACUGCUGAUUUAGAUUCACCAAUUAAACUUGGAGGAAGAUUCAACCAGAGAUCUGCCUUACGUGCCAUACCAGCUAUUUCUUCUGUUUAAAUUUAAAGAAUUGUAACCUAGUGGCUGUAAAUUUCAUAGUUUCAAGGCAUAGGAGCUUGCUGUUAUGUUGCUCUGUCCAUCCUAUUUUCAAUUCUAAAAUAGAAAGCUUAAAAUGUUAGCAUUCUUAUAAAGAUGCAGAAAAGCCCCCUGAUUUUGCAACCAGUUGACUUGAAGGUCAUUUUACUCUAAAUCCUAUUACUACAACUGCCAAUUUUAGCAGCACUUCGGUAGCAGAUUUGAGAAAUAUAUGAGGAGGUGCACAGCAGAAGCAAAAUAUCCUCCAAAAUUCCUUCAAGGGGAGAUUGAUUGAAGCAGGUCUCCUAGUGG